AUGGGAAGUCCCGAUUUGAGAAGUGCAUUGAAGAGCAGGUGGAGCCUGGUCAUAGAUGGCAGCAAAUCGCGCUUUCGCAUGCACGAAUCUCGAAGAGAUUCGAUGCGGGCCUGGGCGGCUAUUGCUACCAUGAUCUCGGAGCUUUAUUUUGUUUUCGUCUCAUGCAUGCGACUUUUCUUCCCAGAUCGAUUCGUGAAGCCUCUUUACCAAGACCUGCAGACUUGGUGCGUUUUGGCCAUUCUUGCUGGCUUGCGUUGGACCUGCCGGCCGCAUGGACAGAUGUCGAAGAUCAGCUCCCGGGGGGUGACGGUCUUGUUCAACGUUUCUUGCCUUCUCUGCACGAUUCACAUGCCCAACGAGCUCCUACCCGCCAGUGCUGUGAGCCGGGCGGCCAUCGGCCUCUUCACAGAAGACCCGCUCUUCACAGUGCUGGUGCGCUGCGCCUGCCUGCCACUGGCGGUGCUGAUCCACUACCUCCGAGAGGACGAGUCCGAGAAAUUACUCGGCUGCACCUUGGUGGUGGUGGCUGAGCUGAUCAGUUGCCUGUCGAUGGCCUUCACACUGCUCGAAGUGGAUGCGGCACUUUGCAAACAGGAGCAAACUGCGAUGGAUUUAGAGAAGCACAUUCAGAAACGAGAGGAGGACAUGAAGGAGACAGAGAAGGUGCUCCGGGCAGCUCGCCGACUUCUGUCGGUCACAUGCGACUGCUGUGAGCGCCUGACGCACCACUGGCAGAUUGUUGAGCCUUCACGGGGCAUUUUGGAACUGUUGCACUUGAAGGAAGAUGCAUCGGCAAAGCUCUUGCCCUUUCUGCAGUUCAUUUGCCCUGAAGACCAGCAGCGUUUCGCCCACUUCGCGGAUGUGUCGCACACCACGGAUGCGCCAUCCUCGUUGCACGUUCGCAUGACGAGUGGUAGCGAUGGCAGUCUCUUUGAUGCCCAAAUCUUCUUGGUGAAUCUACCUGGCACACUGGAAAACAAGAACGAGCCUGGGUACCUCAUUGGGAUUGCCACCAUUCAAACGCAAGAACCCAGCCAGAACAUGGUCAGCAUUCCAGAGCAUCGGCCCUUGACCUCGUCCACAGGGGCCCUUGACGCCCGCAAGGCACGCCGCUCGCGGCGCUGCUCUCGCAGCAGCGCCAGCAGCGACAGCAGCAGCGUUUCAACGGUGAAUGGGCAGGGAUUGGCUCAGAUGCACCAGGCGCUGGAGGCACUUGACCAGAUCAGUCUGCUGAUUGACCUGAACACUGUGACACAAGGCUACUGCAUCCGUUCCGCCCAGUUUCUCUUCAAGGAGUCAGCAGCCCUGGAUGUGCUGCCCAAGCUGUACAGCUGGGUACGGCAGCAGCACCAGCCCACGGUGGAAGAUUGGAUCCAGGAACAUGUGAACGGCUGGUACGCCACAGGCAGCUGCGAAACCACGGAAACGUGUCGAGGGAUCAAGUGCCGAGUGCCCGGCACACAGGCGAGCUUCUUGGUCGGAGAGUUGUCCACUCAGGGCAUUGCUUGCAAAGGUCUGGGGCAGGUGCCGGAAGAAGCAUGGCAGCAGAGCAGUGCUUGGGAAGUGGAGGAGUAG